GCAACAGCAUAUAAUCAAGAAAAUAAAUCACGCGUUGGUCACAACUCACAAGGCAAUUACAAAUAGCUAGCUACCGUUGAAUACACCCUCACCACCUCCAACAACUUCUCCAAUGGCAACUUUUUCACACCUCCCCAUGGUGCUUCCGCUUCUCCUUACCCUUCUCGUUGCAGCAGAAGCCGCUGCCGGCGCCGCCCAGCCCACCGGCGGCAGGCUCAGCCCGGCGCGCUACGCCCGCGUCUUCGCAUUCGGCAACUCGCUCACCGACACCGGAAAUGCGGCCAUCUUCCCGGCCACGGCCACGGGCCCAUCCACCCGGCAGCCGUACGGGCAGACCUACUUCGGCCAUCCCACCGGCAGGGCCUCCGACGGCCGGCUCAUCAUCGAUUUCCUCGUCAAAGAACUGAAGGUGCCACUGCCGACACCGUACCUCGCCGGUAGGACGGCCGCAGACUUUCUGGGAGGCGCGAACUUCGCGCUGGGCGGCGCGACGGCGCUGGACCCGGCGUUCUUGGCGAGCCGAGGGAUAAGGUCGGCCGUGCCUGUUUCUCUCAGCAAUGAGACAAACUGGUUUCACAACGUUCUGCAGCUACUAAGCUCCUCAGGCUACGCAGAGCAACGCAAGAUCACGUCGAGAUCGGUCUUCCUCGUCGGCGAGAUCGGAGUCAACGACUACUUCUUGGCCCUCAUGAGCAAUAAGUCCAUCGAUGUUGCGGAGAGCCUCGUGCCCCACAUCAUCGGCACCAUCCGAUCAGCCCUGACCGACAUGAUCGGCGCCGGAGCGAGGACGGUGGUCGUCACGGGAAUGCUACCCCUCGGCUGCGAGCCCAAGCUGCUCGCCAUGUUCCCGAGCGGCCCCAGCAACUACGACCCGGCGUCCGGGUGCGACGAGCGGUUCAACGAGCUCGCCGUGAGACACAACCGCGCGCUCAAGCGCGUGCUCUGGGAGCUCCGGCUCCGCUACCCCGGCAGGUCCCUCUUGUACGCUGACGUGUACCACCCCAUCUAUAGAGCCGUCGCGUCGCCGGCGAGGUACGGCUUCGGCAACAAGCCGCUGGCCGCAUGCUGUGGAGGUGGCGGCGGGCCGAACAACUUCAACUACACGGCGUUCUGCGGCACCCCGAAGUCGACGACGUGCGCAGACCCGUCCAAGUACAUCUCGUGGGAUGGGAUCCACCUCACCGAAGCAGCCAACAGGUUCAUUGCACGCUCCAUGCUAAGGGGAGUGCUGCUGCCUGUGGCGGAGCCAGGAUUCCAGCAGCAAGCCUAGGAGACGAGAUCCACCCAGGCCCAAAAGCAGAAGGGACAAAUUUGCACAAUAUAAAAAAAUUUUGGAUACUAGGCUAUCAACAUGUACUCAAUCGUUGUACACGGUAUAAUAAAUCUUAAUGGCAUAAGUGUUGGAAAUAAAUUCAUGAAAAAAGGUA